GGCGAUCAGGAGGGAGGGGGUAUAAAAGGGAGCCACAGAGAAAGAGCAGGACGGAGAAAAGCGUGGAAAACCAUGAAGCAAAACUUCCGAGAAGAGGGCAGAGCUUGGCUGCAAAAAAAUCGGUCCAGCAGCAGAUAAACUGAACCACGAGGAAUCACUGUCAUGGACCCUGCCGUAACAAUAGACCUUGAUGAAGUGAAGGCUGCUUUGGAUCAAAAGGAAUUCGAAGCUGUUUCAGCUGAAGCUCAACAGCAGUCAAAUUUAUUAAAUAAUAUCACGUUGGCAAUUGCCAUCACAGGAAGAUCAGGUGCCGGGAAAUCAUCUUUCGUCAAUGCCCUGCGAGGAAUGACAGAUCGUGCAGAGGGUGCAGCUUUGACUGGGGAGACAGAAACAACAAUGGUGCCACAAGAAUAUACACACCCCACAUUCCCCAACUUCAAAAUUUGGGAUCUACCAGGAAUUGGAUCAAAUGAAUUUAGUGCAGAGGAAUACCUAAAGAAGGUCAAUUUCAGCAAUUAUGAUUUUUUUAUCAUCAUUGCCUCAGAACGCUUCACUGAGGAUGACACCAACUUGGCUCUUGAGAUCCGUAAAAAUAAGAAGACAUUCUACUAUGUGCGCAGCAAAGUGGAUGUCGAUAUAGAUAAUGACAGGCGGUCAAAAGGCAUCAAGGAGGGGGACAGCGAUAGGAUGAUGCAGUCUGAGAAAGAGACUCUUGACACUAUACGGAAAGAUAGCUAUGAUAAUUUGAAGGCAUUAGGUGAGUCUUCUCCAAGGGUCUUUCUAAUAUCAAGGUGGGAUUUGAGCAAGUAUGAUUUCCCCCUGCUUCAAGAGACCUUUGAAAAGGAACAGGAUGAAAUUAAGAGAGAUGUUUUAAUUAUGUGUAUUCAGAUUUUAACAAAAGAAAGCAUAAAGAAGAAAAGGGCUGCUAUGGAGAGCCGGAUACGGAAAAAAGCCAUGGUGUGUUAUUAUGUUGGGUUGAUUCGUCUCCCAUUCUUCUCCUUUGGUUUUGACAUUGACAUUGUGGUUUCGACAAUGAGGGAUAUCUGCAAAGUUUUUGGCUUGGAUGAAGAUUCCCUCAAUAUACUAGCAAACCGAGUGGGGAAAGAUGUUGAGGAGUUGAAAUCUGUUAUUGAACAUACCCCAAGCGCUGGUAAGAUCACAACAGAAUUCGUCAUGGAUAUGUGGCGGGAGAAAACAGUGGUAGGGCAGGUUCUGGAUUUCAUACCUCUGUUGGGGUCUCUCUAUGGUGGGGGCAGUUCUUUUUUUACCUCAAUUGACUUGCUGAAGAAUUUCCUGGAAAACGCUGUGAAAGAUGCAGAGAAAGUUCAGGCAAAGGCUGCUGAGCCUAAGAAACCCAAGUAAACAGCCAAUACAUCUACCUGGGGAAGAGACAUCCAGGUGAAGCAUGCAUCUUUCUACCACAUCAUCAACCAAGAGCCAGUGUGGUGUAGUGGUUAAGAGCGGUAGACUCAUAAUCUGGGGAACCGGGUUCGCAUCUCCGUUCCUCCACAUGCAGCUGCUGGGUGACCUUGGGCUAGUCACACUUCUCUGAAGUCUCUCAGCCCACUCACCUCACAGAGUGUUUGUUGUGGGGGAGGAAGGGAAAGGAGAAUGUUAGCCGCUUUGGGACUCCUUAGGGUAGUGAUAAAGCAGGAUAUCAAAUCCAAACUCCUCCUCCUCCUCCUCCUCCUCUUCUUCUUCUUCUUCUUCUUCUGUUUGACUUCUGGUCCUGGAACAUUUUUUUGCGAAAUCAACAUAUGCCUGGGUUUUCAGAGACAUUUUAACCAUUUUUUAAAAAUCCCACAUGGACAAUAUUUCUAACGGGUGUAUCCCAGACGUAUAGCAGCCCUGUUGUUGUUGUUGUUGUUGUUGUUGUUGUUGUUGUUGUUGUUGUUUAGUCGUUUAGUCGUGUCCGACUCUUCGUGACCCCAUGGACCAUAGCACGCCAGGCACUCCUGUCUUGCACUGCCUCCCCCAGUUUGGUCAAACUCAUGUUCGUAGCUUCGAGAGCAGCCCUGUUGAAACCAUAGCUGCCAAGUUAUCCCCUUUUUAAAGGGAUUUUCCAUUAUGCUGAAUAGGCUUCCUCGCGAGAAAAGGGAAAACUUGGCAGCUAUGGUUGAAACAACACUUAAUUGGUAGCCUUAUCUCCUCCCUGUCAGCGUUAAAGCAAUUGAUGUCAUCCAAGGGCAAUAAACAAGAUGGCAAAGAUCAAACCGCGGCCUCCUCUCCUUCUCCCCCUCCGACAUCCAGGAAAUUUGCAGCAGCAAAACAUAAAGAAUGGAGCAAAAGAAGAGAGACACAUGACUUCAGAGAGUUCUAUUGCUCACAUGCUUAAGGAAAUUAUGAUGAGAAUGAAUGCCUGAAGGAUAAUUUCACAAAGGUGGAUCUUAAAAUUACAGCCCUGGAUUAAAAAGUUACUGAUCUUAAUGACACGAUAUCAAAAUCUGAAACAGUUCAAAUUAAACAAGAUAUAACACAGAUAUAUUCUAGGGUGGGAUCCUGCAUAUCCAUUCAAAAAUAUACUAUGUAGUUUUGUAGCCUUUUGUAUAUUUUAUAGUUAUUUUGUUAUUGCUGCUUUUAAAAAUGUUUUAAUGUAUUCUCUUCCUCCUUUGAUUGCUAUUCUUUCCUUUUCCCUUAUUUACUUUAAUAAUCUCAUUAAAAUUAUAAAUAUUAAAAAAUUAAAAUGGUUUC